ACUGUAGAGUUGCACACCCUCAACGCUUCACAGCCGCAGCGACAAGUAGAAGUAGCUCAGUCGCAGAGAAGGACCUGGAUAUCCACUCAAGAUGCAGGGAAGAUUACCGCAAAUGCAACCUACAGUGGUUCUGCUGAGAGAGGGAACCGAUACCUCUCAAGGAACACCUCAGCUAUUAUCCAACAUCUCAGCGUGUCUUGCCGUUGCGCAGACUAUCGCGACGACGCUCGGACCAAGAGGGAUGGAUAAGCUCAUUGUGGACGAGCGAGGCCAGGCGACGAUAUCCAAUGACGGCGCCACCAUUCUCAAGCUUCUGGACAUUGUUCAUCCUGCAGCUCGUACAUUGGUGGACAUUGCUCGCGCUCAGGAUGCUGAAGUAGGAGAUGGAACAACCAGUGUGACAUUACUCGCUGCAGAGAUACUGAAAGAGGUGCGGCCAUAUGUUGAGGAGGGUGUCGGUGUGCAUGUUAUCGUCAAAGGCUUGAGGAUGGCGAGAGAUUUGGCGAUCAAGAAGAUCAACGAGAUAGCUGUCACUAUCGACAAGUCCGACUCCAAGAAAUUCCACGAGCUUCUUCUGCAAUGCGCAUCCACAUCUAUGUCAUCAAAACUCAUCCACUCUCAGACUCCCUUCUUCGCCCAGAUGGUCGUCGAUGCCGUCAUGUCUUUAGAUCAGAAGGACCUCGAUGAGUCUCUGAUCGGUGUGAAAAAGGUGCCCGGAGGCGGAAUGCAAGACAGCAUGUUGAUCCGUGGGGUGGCUUUCAAGAAGACUUUCUCAUACGCUGGAUUUGAGCAACAACCGAAAUCAUUCAAAGAUCCCAAGAUUCUGUGCCUGAAUGUCGAGCUGGAACUCAAGGCGGAGAAGGACAAUGCCGAAGUCCGAGUCAACGAGGUGUCAGAAUAUCAGGCUAUUGUGGAUGCCGAAUGGUCCAUCAUCUACCGCAAAUUGGAAGCCAUCGUCGCCACUGGCGCCAAGGUUGUCUUGUCGAAACUGCCGAUUGGUGAUCUAGCGACUCAGUACUUUGCAGACCGGGACAUUUUCUGUGCGGGGCGGGUCACAGCGGAUGACCUGAAGAGAGUCACUCAGGCUGUCGGCGGUUCCGUCCAAUCAACUUGCUCUGAUAUCGAACCGCAUCACCUUGGAACGUGUGGAUCGUUUGAAGAGAGGCAGAUAGGAGGAGAGCGUUUCAACUUGUUCACCGAAGCUUCAAAGACCAAGACGUGUACCUUGAUCCUGAGAGGAGGAGCUGAGCAAUUCAUCGCUGAAGUGGAGAGAAGUUUACACGACAGUAUCAUGAUCGUGAAGAGGGCAAUCCAGAACAACCAUGUCGUGGCAGGAGGUGGAGCUUGCGAGAUGGAGAUCUCUAAAUUCCUGCGGAACCACUCGCGCACAAUCAUGGGCAAGCAACAACUCAUCGUGGGAUCCAUGGCCAAGGCCUUGGAGAUUAUCCCGCGACAGAUUUGUGAUAACGCCGGUCUGGAUGCCACAGAUAUCUUGAACAAGCUGAGGAUGAGACACGCCCAAGGGGACGUCUGGGCAGGUGUGGAUGUGGAUGCUGAGGGAGUCGAGGACAACAUGAAGCGAUUCGUUUGGGAACCCGCGUUGGUCAAAACGAAUGCUUUGAGCAGUGCAGUCGAUGCUGCCUGUCUGAUCUUGAGCGUCGAUGAGACUGUUCGGAACCCACAGAGCGAGCAACAACAGGCCGGUCCUCCUAUGCCUCGGGGUGCUGCACAGAGGGCUUUACGUGGUGGUGCUCGUGGACGUGGUAUGGGAAGGAGAUAGACAGUGUACAGAGUCGAAAAGCAGCAUUGCAUGCAUGUGCCAUAG